CGUAACAUCGAAGACCACGUGGAAAGUGGAGACCGAGCGAGACCUUUCGCCUGCCAGCAGUGCGGAAGAAGCUUCGGUCACAAAAAGACCCUCAACAGACACCUGAAAGUCCACUCCAGAGCCAAGUCGCUGGCCUGCCAGCAGUGCGGGAAGAGCUUCUCCGAUAAGACCAAACUGGACAACCACACGAGGGUCCACACCGGAGAGAGACCCUUCACCUGCUCUGAGUGCGGCAAGAGCUUCACGCAGAAGAAGCACCUCACGACCCACAUGACGGUGCACACUAGACAGUGCCCUCACUCCUGCAAGCAGUGCGGCAAGAGCUUCUCCCAGAAAGGGAACCUCAAGACGCACAUGAGGACCCACACCGAGAAAAGCCCUUCGCGUGCGCCAGAUCACACGGUCAGGCUGAAGGAGAACCUCGGCGCGGGCGAGACAGGGGCUUCGUGUCACCGUGCAGGAGAAGCUUCCAGGACAGCCGAAAGCCUCAAGAGUCACGUGGACGACUCACGCCAGGGACAGCCCCUUCAUGCGCGAGCUCUGCGGAGGAGCUGCGCCAGCCGGGCGAGCCUUGAGCGCCACGUGGGGAUCCACUCCGGAGAGAAGCCCUUCGUCUGCCCUCAGUGCGGAAAGAGCUUCCCCUACAAAGGGAACCUGAAGAUUCACGUCCGAGCUCACAGCGGAGAGAGGCCUUACGCCUGCGUGCGCUGCCACAAGAGCUUCAUGUAUCACUCGGGCUUGAGACAUCACUUACAGACGGACACGCACCGCCAGAGCGAGCUGCACGCCGAGAGCGGCCCGCACUCCUGA